AUGCACGGCCAUUACACAUUAAAUGCUCGCAAUUCAGGGGAAUUAAAACACAAGGCGUAUAUAGCUAUUUUUGUAUGUCGGGCAACAAAGGCAAUUCACAUUGAGUUAACUUCAGGUCUGACAUCUCAAGGAUUUUUAGCAGCACUCAAACGAAUGAUAAGCAGACGUGGCUCAGUACAUCAUAUUUAUAGCGACAAUGGUACCAAUUUUACAGGUGCAAACAACACUUUACAGAAGAUUCAAAUAGAGAAUCAUCUAGCUGAAACAGGUAUACGUUGGCAUUUCAUCCCUCCUGGCUCACCUCACUUUGGUGGUCUCUGGGAAUCGGGAGUAAAAUCCAUUAAAUAUCAUCUAGCUAGAAUUAUAGGUGACCAAAAAUUGACAUACGAGGAAUUAAGUACGGUCUUAAUUCAAAUCGAAUGUUGUCUUAAUUCACGGCCACUCUGUCCAUUAACAGACAACAUUGAAGAUCCUAAUGCACUUACACCAGGACAUUUCAUUGUGGGAUCGUCAUUAAUGACUCCAGCUCAUGAUAGUCUUAUUAACUUUACAGAAACUAGCCUAAAAAGAUGGAAGAUUGUGCAGAAAAUAAAGCAAGACUUUUGUAAACGGUGGUUCCAAGACUAUAUAAGAAAUAUCUUGGAAAACAAUAAUGACUCAUCAAUAUUGGAAGAAAUGGGUCAUCGGGGCUACAGCUAUAAUAAUAAUCAUAUUCGUUGGAGUAUUAUAUUACAUGUGUUACAUUAA